CCACUCCUUCCCAAUACAAAGCCAUACUCAGCCUACCUUUGCCUUCUAAUCCAACAUCAUCCCUAUCCGGCUUGAGAGUCUCGUGAGAAGAUAGCAAGGUACUAGCAGUCUCCUGUCUGGUCAUGCCUCCUCGAUGAGCAGUCAGGCUGGCAGCGAGAGCGGCAGCAGUAACGACGAAGACAGCAUCCUAGGCCAGGUGCAGCGCGAGGCAGGCUCCAGCCGCUCAAGGCUCCAAAGCAAUGGCCAAGCGCAAGACCCACCAAACGACCACGACUCAGACGAACAUACCGAAAAUGAGGAUUCUGCCACUACUGGCUCCUCCGACGUCGGACCUGAUGCCAUUGAUCUGGCCAAGUACAGGGAGCGGCUGGCUGCUCAUGCUCAGGACGUGUGGAGACACUUCCACAAGCCCAAGCGCCUGCGACUGGCUUUUCGUAAAGACUGUUCUGCGUUGCAGACCAACAGCAUGGAGGCAGCGCACCUCGAGAGUGAUUCCAACGAGGCAUCCUCAACGACCGCGGCAGAGCGCGUAUCACCUCUCGGAUGGACAGAAGCAGAGCAGAGUGCCUUCUUCCCUUCGCUGGCCCGACAUUCGCGUCUACGUCCCGAUCUCAUCAGUGAUGACCUGGAUGGCACAAAGACGGCUGCACAGGUGUCUCAUUACAUCUCGCUCCUAGAGGCCGCUACGCAGCGGCUGGUCCGUUCUGAUCACUACCGCCAAUCGGGGCCACGCAGGAUCAGAGCUCUGCCGUCUGCAAAGGAAGUACCCGCCCACUGGACGGCUCUCGAGGCUGAGGCUGCUCGACAGCUCGAUGCAGACGAUGGUACUCCUCAUCAACCUGUUGUCGAGAACAAGAUCAGACAAAAGACCGGCCAGAGAGGUGGCAUGAGCCACACCCCACCCGUACCUUGGGAUAGCCAAGUGCUCAAUGCUUUGCUCUUCCUUCGGCAACAAGCAGUCAAGUCUGGUCAGCGUGGCACAACGGCCCAAAUUGAGCUCAAGAAGCGAGGUACAUUGCCCUCACGGGUCUCCACCUUUACAUUUGGCGAACUGCUCCACACGAUGAUCUACCGCGCUCGAACUGAUAAGAAGGCCAAGGGAGAGGGCAACGCCGCAUGGAUGAGGUACUCCCAGACCCACCCUGUCCCGCCUCUGCCGAAGCCAAAGAGGUUGGCAGGAGCUCAGAGAUCAAAAAUGUUGCCUCCAACAGGCAGAGAGGCAGACGCAAGGGAUGCAGAGGCAACUGCAAUUGAGGAGGCGGAUGAUAUCGAAAGCGCCCACGGUGGAGUUGCCUACCGCCUCAUCUUGCGAGCGAUCGAGCUCGGCUUUCUCUUACGGGCCACCCCUGUCAAGAAGCCAUCUGACAAAGACAAAGAUGACCUCAUGCCUCGUUUUUAUCUACACCUGGCCCGGGAUGGCACAGGCAUUAGACACAAGCGACAUCGAGAAAUUUCUUCAGACGCACCUGCCCCCUUGCCGCACAAAGUCCUUCGCCAGACACACCUCGUAUGGGCUGACAAGCUGCCUGUACAUCUUUUGCACGAGAGCGGAGCAAGAGAGCUAGCUCGACAAGCGCGUACGGCAGAAGAGAAGCUUCGUGAGGGGAAGAAAGCUGCAUUGGACCGAAUCCUAUCGUCUGUCAGUAUUGAGGAGGGAUACUGGCUGGCAACUCUGCUGCAGCCAACUAGUUCGGGCUCGAUACUUCCAGAGCGAACGAACAAAGACCAGGAGAGCAUUGCUGGCGUGGAUGCCCUCGCCAGUCUAUCGAGCAAAGAUCGGAAUAGAGUUCGCAUGCGCAUCAAGCGCUACGAAGCCAAGUACGGCCCAUUGCAGUCGGACGCCGUCUCGAACUUCUUAGUCCCUCCCAUGCGGAAAGGGACCCGACUGCCUCGUGUCGGUAUGAGAGGCGUGCAGGAGCGCAAGGGCGAGAAGAGCAGCAUUCUGGAACCCUUUCGGGAUGUCAUCUACGCUCUGCCUCCUGAGGAGAGGGCCACUGCUAGGAGUAGGAUCCGAACCAGGAUUGUCAGAUGGGGACUGGAGGCUGCACUGAGUGCUGGGUUCGAUGCUUGGAGUGAUGGCAUUACCUCUGGGAAGCGAGCUGUGCCAAGGCAAGCAUCUAUGACCCCAGGAGGUACAGAAACGAUUAGACAGGGUGAAAAUGAAGCGCAGCCGGCGGCCUCAGCAUCGUCUCCGAGCAGGUCCGAUGCCAAUACCGCUGCUUUUGCCGAAGAUACUCCCAUUCCGAGCAAUGGCGGCACUGUGUACGACCCUUCCACCACCAACAAUGCUCAAGACGACAUUAGCUUCAGCGACAAGAGGGCAGAUCGCUUCCGCCAGAUCGGCGUCUCUCGGCAGGACAUCACCAGCCGACUCGCCGAGCUCGCGGGAGAAACCAUGUUCCAGACUCUCAACCUGCAUGGGCUCUUCCAUCACCUACAGGUCAUGAAUAGUAAGACGAGGUGUCUCACAGGGGAAGAGGCAGAGGUGGAACGGCCGGAAAAGAUCGUUGCUACAAAGCUGGACGUACUACGACUGCUUCCGGAUCUAGGCGCAAAGCUUCGCUCCUUUGUUGAGCAGGUCGCACAUGGUGCAGCGCGACAAGCCGAGCAAGAUGCAAAGACAUUCAUCGGCGCAGCUGAGGUGAGACAAAUGCUCCGCGAGCGGGAUCAAGUCACAAGCGUCGCUGAGAUGCGCAAGCGUGAGCGCGAAGCUGUUCAAGGAAUCCCACGAGCUCUAACGGAGGACGAACGCCAGGAGGCUUCGGCCAACAUGGAGCGAGACCCACCGGUAGACUGGCAGAGCAAGCCGCAUCUCAUGGCCGACGAAGAGUACAGCUCGUUCGGCGGUCCCGCCCAACAGGACAAGUCUACCUCAAGAGCUCUCACCACCCUCUCUUCCCUCGGCAAGCGCAAGAAGCGGGGCUCGUCGGACCCUAUCGCAACAGCCAGUCUGGAUGAGGAAGAAGAAGAUGGAGAAGCAGAGCUGUUCGAGUCCAAUGCCGAAGCGGCCGAGGUUCAGGCGGUCCGCUCCAUAUGGGCCUCCUCCUCCUCCUUCUUCAGCAGCAGCAGUUCCUCACGCCGUCAAACAGACAGAGACGACGAGAGAAUCCCGCCGAUGUGGCGCGGCUUCUACUGGCCCAACAGGACGAGGAUGGCUCACGGUGGGAAAAGCAACGACUCUCCUACCGACUCCGACAAUGUCGAGAGCGACACCUCAGACCGGGCCUCUUCCAGAGCCUCUGAGGCAGUGCUAGACUCGGAAGCCGAAUCUGAGAAGUGGUGGGAAGGAUUGGCCAGGCAGGAUGAGCAGCGGGAUGCGCGUGCGUUGCGGGAGGAGUGGGAGAAGUGGUUUGGUGGGAAAGUGAAAUCGUCUGCGCUUGCUCCCGCACCUGCUUGUGGGUCGACAGAGGCGGCCAGGAGUGCACAAGAACACGAGGUCGUUGGAGGAGGACAGGAUGCGGACGGAGACGGAGGCGAGGACGGAGAGGAAGAGGAGGAGGAAGAGGAAGAAGAAGACGAUGACGGCGAUGGUAAAGGGAGCGAUGCUAUCCCUGACUGGUUGCAGGAGAUGAUGGACGCAAAGAAGCAUCGCAAAGGCUCUGCAGAGGGGGGACAAAAGGAGGGCGAUAAGUCGUCGGGCCACCGCUCGCUUGCUGAAGGCGAAGACGGGGACGGAGACGGAGAGGGUGACGAAGAUCCAGAUGCGCAGGAUGUCGAAAACGAGGAUGAUGGUGAUGAUGUUGAGAUGGGCGAGGACUAGAGCACCUCAGCUCGUGAAUAGCAGUAAUACAACAGUCGGUCAAUACCAAAAGCUUCACCG